AUGACCCCGCGAACCGUCUAUACCGACGACUACGUCGAGCGGCGGACCACUUACCACGAGGCCGAUGUCGUGGUAGUCGGUGCUGGUGUCUUUGGGUGCGCCGUCGCCUACGCCCUUGCCAACCAAGGACGGAGUAUCAUACUGCUGGAGCGAUGGAUGAAGGAACCAGAUCGCAUCGUUGGCGAGCUACUGCAACCGGGAGGCUAUGAGGCACUGAAGAAGCUGGGUCUCGGACAGUGCGUCGAGGAUAUCGAUGCAGUACCCAGCUACGGUAUGGAUGUGGUCUAUUUUGGCCAGGAUAUGUGCAUGAACUACCCUUCGGUGGGCGGAUCGAUAGCUGAGAAUGGCCAUGCUUCAACAAAUGGCAAGGCCAACGGGAGUGCGAAUGGAUCAGCGAACGGCUCGGCACACAACGAAAAGGGGCCCUACAGACCGCAAGGGCGAAGUUUCCACCAUGGCCGCUUCAUCAUGCAACUACGGCGAGCCUGUUUGAAGCAUCCCAACAUCACAGUGGUCGAGACCGAGGCUGUGGCCACUGUGAAAGGCGACUGCGGCCCCGAGAUCCUCGGUGUCGAGACGCGGACCGUCAACCCAGCCACCGGGGAGAAGGAGCCAGACUGUUUUUUUGGACAACUGACUAUCAUCGCCGAUGGGUAUGCGUCCAAGUUUCGCAAACAGUAUAUCACACAGACGCCCGUGGUACGCAGCAAGUUUUACGCACUCGAGCUGCACGAUUGUGUACUGCCUCAUCAGAACUACGGCCAUGUCAUAAUUGGCAACAAGGCUCUUGCACUGCUGUACCAGAUCGGCACGCAUGAGACUCGUGCUCUCAUCAACGUCCCGGAGAAGCUGCCCGAAGCAUCGCCAGCCGUCGGGGGUGUACGCGGAUACUUACGCAAUGUUGUUCUCCCACAACUCCCUGAGUCCAUCCAGCCGUCGUUCGAGGAGGCUCUAGACAGGGAUAACAAGAUUCCACCCAGCAUGCCCAACAGCUGGCUCCCGCCCACGCAGCAGGGUUCAAACCCAGGCAUGGUGAUCCUGGGCGACGCGAUGAACAUGCGCCACCCGCUGACGGGCGGCGGAAUGACCGUCGCGCUCAACGACGUGGUGAUCCUCUCGGACGUGCUAUCGCCCGAGAACAUUGUCAACCUGGGCGACACGGCGGCCGUGGCACGCGCCAUGUCGACGUUCCACUGGCGGCGCAAGAACCUGACCUCCAUCAUCAAUGUGCUGGCGCAGGCGCUGUACAGCCUCUUCGCGGCCCAGGACGCCAACCUGGCUAAGCUGCAGCGCGGCUGCUUCGAGUACUUCCGCCGGGGCUACACGGCCGACCCCAUGGGCCUGCUCGGGGGUCUGAUCCAGCGCCCGUUUGUGCUCGCGUACCACUUCUUCUCCGUCGCCUUUGUCGCCAUCUGGCUUGACUGGAAGCAGACGGGGCUGUGGAAGGUGCCGCUGCUGCUUUGGAACGCCUUCUGGAUCUUGUGGACGGCGACUGUCGUGUUCCUGCCGGUCAUGUGGAGGGAGCUGGCUUAG